UCAAUUCUAGAAUCAUCUACAGAAUUCUAUAUGUCGUAGAAGCGAAGAAGAUUUCUAAGUGAUGAUCAGAAGAUACACACGUCUAGGUCCGUGUUUUUUUGCAUGACUUCAUUGCCAUAAAUAGGGGCGCUACCUUUUCCCUUCGACACCCACCUUCACCAUCCCCUUCACCCAUGGAACACGGCUUCGUAGAAGAACUGCAAGAGGAACAGACUGUCAAUGUCCCUGAGCUCGAGGCCGGUGUCCUCUACGCGGUUCUCACAUUUCGGGGCGACUAUACUUCAUGGGAUUGGUCCUUUUUCGUGCCAGACAGCGCAGUGAUGCCCAUCGGCAAGUCGGGUGCGCUCUUUCACGUCGUCAACUAUCCCGCGCAGGGCUCUACGGGCUCUCUGGAGAGGUGGGCAUUUGAGAUGGAGCCGAACAAGGAUGUUAAUGCUUGGCCGGAGAUAGUCGCGAUUGUUCGACUAGGGGAUUUAUCUGGGUUGGGCUGCUUCAAGGAUGUAGUGCAGGAGCUCAUCACGACAUUCUCUACAGUCGACAUGAACAUAAAUCCAGUGGAAAUGAGCACGAGAAAGUGGUUUUUGGAUGCUCUGUGGGUGUUGCAUGACUGCGGAUUCGUCACUUGUGACGAUGCGUGGCUUUUGGAGAGAGAGCUCAAGAAGUAUGCGUUCAGUUCCAUGGAUACGUAUUUGGAAGUAGGAGGUGAGUAAAAUUGGUUACCCCAGGGAAUGACGUUAUCAUAAUAGUGCCUACUACAUUUUAGGUUGCAAGGUGUUUAAAUCCGAGCAUUGCUCGUAAUGGCACACGUAAAAUUUGGUUUGGACUAUGUCUUUUCAGUCCUUGGUGAACGGUCUGACCUGACCUUUCCAGACGGUCAACUAAUAAAUGGGACGCAUUUGGGCGGGAGAUACGGCGGUCUGCCGCGAUCGCGUCCAA